CUGAAAUUUUUAGACGAAAAUGCAAGCAGAGGAUCAACGAUCAUGGAGGAUCGAAGUUCGAGCAAAAUCAAGGAACUUCAAUUUCAAAUUCAAAGCAGCAAAAAUCGAACCCAAUUGGAAGAUCCACAGAUUCUCUCUUCUCCUCAAGCUUCGAAGAUUUUUCCUCCGAGUCAACUCAGAUUCAACCGAUUUAAAAACUCGUCGACGAACCUUGAUCCCCAAAUUCCUCAGAAUCGCCACCAAAUCCCGAUCGAAAUCGUCGAAUAGUAGACAACCCGAACCCGAAUUCGGUCUAAAAAGAUUUCAACAGUAUGCAAAAGAGGGACCAUUUAAUUUGGGUGCUUUGGUAGUAAUUGUUAUUGGAUUUGUGUUGCAGCACAUUGCUGUGGUGGUGAAGAAACUUAUAGCCAGAAAGCUAUGGCUUUUCUUAGUUGCAUCAAUGGUGCCUUUGGCUUGUUCUGUGGUUGUGGUUGAUUUAGGCUCUUAUAUGAGAUUUUCUCAAGGCUUGUACUCUUCUUCAAAGUUUGUAUGGAAUUUAUGGAACUGUUUUGGGUCUUUCAUAUGUGAUAGGUUAUGAAUUUAAUUUUAUUUUUUUGUGUGAUUAAGAUUAUAGUUUAUUUAUGUAGACACGUUUUGUUUUGAUGUUAUGGGAUAUCUGAACUAUAACUAUAUAUAUAUAUA